GGGCUUCCGGUGCGGGCGCGCAGCGAGGGCCGUCUCUGGAGAUACAGCCAGAACUUUUCGUUCACAUGGCAGCAGCAAACUCUUCUCCACCUGGUUCUCUGGAUCUAAACCAGCCUGGGUUUGCAAAGGAGAUCCUGGGAACUAAACUGGAGGUCAAAUACCUGUGCUCCGAUUGCAAGAACAUCCUGAGGCGGCCGUUCCAGGCGCAGUGCGGCCAUCGCUACUGCUCCUACUGCCUGAAGAGAAUCAUCAGUGCUGGACCUCAGAAGUGUGCCAGCUGUAUCCAGGAAGGAAUAUACGAAGAAGGAAUUUCUAUUUUGGAAACAAGCUCGGCUUUCCCAGACAAUGCAGCGCGGCGGGAGGUGGAGAGUCUGCCUGCUGUCUGCAUCAACAGCGGCUGCACCUGGAAGGGAACCAUCAAAGAGUACGAGGCUCAUGAUGAAGUCUGCCCUGAAUUCCCGCUGACUUGUGAAGGCUGUGGGAAGAAGAUUCCCAGGGAGAAGUUUCGGGACCAUGUGAAGACGUGUGGCAGAUCCAAAGUACCGUGCCGGUUCGAGGCUGUGGGCUGUACUGAGAUGGUGGAAAAUGAAAUGCUCCCAGAACACGAAAGGAAGUGUUUGGCAGAGCAUCUCUACAUGCUUCUGAGCUCUGUGCUCAGCCUCAAGACUGGUGCUGGGGACCUGAAGCCCCUUCCUGUCCCUUCCUCAUCACAAAACAGUUCCCCACUUCUGGGAGCAAACUCACUGUGCUCGGAGUCGGAGCUCUCCCGGUCCCUAGAGCUCUUGGGAAGGUGUGAGGCCCUUGAGAGGAAAACAGCUACCUUUGAGAACAUUGUCUGUGUGCUUAACCGGGAGGUGGAGAGAGUGUCCCUGACAGCUGAGGCCUACAGUCGCCAGCACCGGCUGGACCAGGAGAAAAUCGAAACGCUGAGCAACAAGGUCCGGCAGCUGGAGAGGAGCAUUGGGCUUAAAGACCUGGCCAUGGCUGAGAUGGAGGAGAAGAUCCGCAACAUGGAGGCUUCCACCUACGAUGGGGUUUUCAUCUGGAAGAUAACGGAGUUUGCGCGGAAGCGUCAGGAGGCGAUAACGGGCCGCUCGCCUGCCAUCUUCUCUCCAGCUUUCUACACCAGCAAGUAUGGCUACAAGAUGUGUCUGCGCGUGUACCUGAAUGGGGACGGCACCGGCCGUGGCACCCACCUGUCCCUGUUUUUUGUGGUGAUGAAGGGACCUAACGAUGCGCUGCUGCGGUGGCCCUUUAACCAGAAGGUCACCCUGAUGCUUCUGGACCAGAAUAACCGGGAGCACAUCAUCGAUGCCUUCCGCCCCGACGUGACGUCCUCGUCCUUCCAGCGCCCCGUCACGGAGAUGAACAUCGCCAGCGGCUGCCCCCUCUUCUGCCCCGUGUCAGUCAUGGAAGCCAAGAACUCCUACGUGCGUGAUGAUGCCAUCUUUAUUAAAGCCAUCGUUGAUCUCACGGGCCUCUAACCCUGCUGACUUGGAGCAGUGAGCAUGGAGCCAGCACUGCCCAGGGCAUCUCCUGCUUGUGCUGCACUUCAGGCGGGUCUGAGAGCAAGAGGGGGCACAGAGGGGGGAAAAGCCCUUCCUGGAAAGGGACCUUUGCUCUAAGUGGAAAUGAGGUGUCUGAUGGGAGCUCUCUUUCCUGAAGAGAGGAUUGGGUGGACACUGGCAGGCUGUGGAAUAUGGAAGAUUCCCUGCAGGGACUUGGAUGUCUGAACUGCUGCUGUCUGGACUCCAGUGGAAACCAGUGCAGCUCUUGCUCUACCAGUUUAGCCGACAUCCACAGCUCUCUAGUAAAACAGCGGUUUGCCCUGCCCGAGCUCC